CAAUGGAGGAGAAGAGGUUCAAGAAACUCAACGUCUCUCUUGGCCGUGGAGAACGCAGCAACAAGUUCAAUGGGAUCUGUAAGCAUGGCUUUUGCUGCAUCGGCAGCAGUGAGCGGAAAGGUGUUUCAGGCGACAGCGACUGCCAAAAGCACCGGCGGCAGUGCGGAGGAGAAGGGGCUCUUCGAUUGGAUACUGGGCGGCCUCCGUAAAGAGGAUCAACUAGUUGAGACGGAUCCAAUCCUCAAGAAGGUUGAUGAGAAAAACUAUGGCAGUGACACUGGUACGACUCGCCGCAAGUCCCCCAACUCCAUCUCUGUCCCCGGCAGCAAGAAAUCUAAUGGCAGUGGCGGCGUCUUUGGAGGCCUUUUCGCUAAGAAGUGAACCAUGAAAGACCUACAACACCAUUCCUCCUGAUUAAUGAAAUAUGACAGCUACUUGAUGCUCCGCUCAAGUUGUGCUGCCGCUCUCGUCUUCUUUUAUUAUUUUAGGUUUUGAAUUUAUAUGGAUUCCAACUGUGGUACCAACCUGAAUGUAUGCUUUUAUUGCAAACCAUUAGCUGUUGUUGAUUUCAAGUUUCAGUUUCCAAGUAAAACCGACAUUUAUGUCGUCUUUCUCCA